UUAAUUGAUAAUCUUCAUAAUCAUCUAAAAUUAAAAUUUGAAACAGAAGAAGAACAUGCAUCAGAACCAUUAACUGAUAUUGCUCAUGAAGUUGUUGAUGAAGUAUUAAGCAAAAAACAUAAAAAUAUAUCAAAUAUGAUUUUAAAAGAACUGGUCUGUGUACAAAGUGAAAAACCCAAAAGAGUACAAUAUUAUCCUAU